UAAAAUUAAUAAUCGUACGUUCGUAUAGGCGGGAUCGUCAACUGCGGCAUGUCGGUGGGCUCGAUCGUCGCCACGGCUCUGUCGGGCUACAUCGCCACGACCUACCUGGGCUGGCAGGGCAUCUUCUACGCGUUCGGCGCGAUGAGCUGCUGCACCAGCCUCGCCAUAUUCCUCUGCGUGCACGACUCGCCGGCCGAGCAUCCGCGCAUCAGCGCCGAGGAGCGGGACUUCAUCGAGGCGGGAAAGACGACGAUCAAGCCCGCCGAGAAGGAUGCGAUCGCGAAGCAGGAGGAAGUCAAGAUCGACAAAUUGAAGUUGCCCUGGCUGAAGAUACUGACGUCGGUGCCGAUGUGGGCCUUGGUCAUCGGCCACUCCGGAUUCGCUUGGGGCAAUUCCAUAUUCACUCUGCAAGUUCCCCUCUACAUGAAGGGCGUACUCUGCUACGACAUCGCCGAGAUCGGCUUGGCCUCGUCGCUGCCCUUCGUCUCGAGCCUGCUGACCCUCUUCCCCGUGAGCUGGCUCGCGGAUCACACGAUCAAGCGCGGCUACCUGGGGGUCGCCGGGGUGCGCCGCGUCUGGAACAGCCUCGGCACCUGCGUGCCCGCCCUGGCGCUCGUCGUCAUCUGCCAGGUCGACGGCUACGACCGGGUCUGGCCGGUGGCGCUGCUCGUGCUCGCCAAGGGCUUCGAGUCGUGCACGGCCAGCGGCUACUUCGUCAAUCACAUCGAUCUCAGCCCGAACUACGCCGGCACCAUGAUAUCCAUGACGAAUUGCAUCGCCUCGGUGGUGACGAUGCUCGCGCCCAUCGUCGCCGGCGCCAUAAUCGGCGAUUCCGUGGACGCCGAGCCGUGGCACGCAGUAUUUUACAUUGCCGCCGCCUUUAUGGUCCUCACGAAUCUGAUCUUCACGAUAUUUUUGCGAGCCGAGACGCAAGAGUGGAACGAUCCGAAAGAUACUCGAAAAACAGUUGUCUGUUGAGAAAAAAAUUACUUCUAAAAAAAUCUUUAUUGAUGUAUAUAAUUUGAAUAAGAUUCUUUUAUUGUAUAAUGUACAUGGAUAUAAACAUUCGAGAAAAUUUGAACCUUUUUUAUAAUAAAAA